AUGAAAAGACAGUACGAAGUGGCCCGUUAUAGGAGAUGCACUAAUGCUUGUCGACGUUGCAAGCGGAUGAAGUUGAGGUGCUCUUAUGCUGUAGCCAGUGGGCGAAUCCGAUGCGUUGCUUGCUCUAAAUCUGGUUCAGGUAUAUCGCAACGCUUGAAGCUCGAGUUCGAGCACUGGAACAAAGCUUGCGUGCCACGCAGUCAGAUUCGACCCAGCUACAGGAAUGUUCUCAUGGACAACCAGAGUCAACAGCAACAACCUUACAUGCGACCACAUUUAAAGCGAAACCCUCAGAUUCCUCAGUGA